UCCGUCGUCGACCCCGACAUGGAGGCACUGUUUGAGCAGUUCCUGGGCAAAGAGGACACUUUCACCAUAGCCGAGAGGCCGGAGGUGGAGGAGCUGUUACCACAGCCCUACCACUACCGGGUGCGCGACACCGACCAGAAGGUGCUGUGCCUGGAGCAUGGGCGCCUGGUGGCCGUCAACCUGCAGGGCGCCAACGCCGCCCAGGAAGAGCACAUCAGCGUGGUGCCCAACCGGCACCUGGAGCGCAAACGCUGUCCCCUCAUCGUGGGCAUCCGUGGGGGCACCCAGGCACUCUCUUGCGGCAUCGGACCCGAGCCCCAACUGCAGCUGGAGGACGUGGGGGUGCUGGAGCUGUUCACCCGGGGCGCCGAGGCCAACCGCUUCACCUUCUACCAGACCUUCAAGGGGAGCCUCUCGCGUGAGUAUGUGCCUGCGGAUGGGAACCUCUCGCACGAGCGCCUGCCCGCGGAGGAGAGCACCUUGCCCAAGUGCCUACCCACAGAUGGGAGCCUCUCGCACAAAUGCGUGCCCACGGAGGAGAACAUCUUGCAUAAAUGUGUGCCCGCGGAUGGGAGCAUCUCGCACGACUACGUGUCUGCAGAUGGGAGCAUCUUGCACGACUUUGCGCCCAUGGAUGGGAGCAUCUCACACGACUACGUGUCUGCAGAUGGGAGCAUCUCGCAUGACUACGUGUCCACAGAUGGGAGCAUCUCGCACAGAUAUGUGCCCGCGGAUGGGAGCAUCUCGCACGAAUAUUUGUCCACGGAUGGGAGCAUCUCACAUGACUCUGUGUCCAGGGAUGGGAGCGUCUCGCGCGACGACGUGUCCAGGGAUGGGAGCGUCUCGCGCAAGCAUCGGGACCACGAAUCUGGAGAGGAGGACGAGGACGAAGAGGAGGACGACGGUUCGUCCUCCCGGGAGGAGGACGCUGAGGAAGAGGAAGACUUGGAGGAGGAAGAGCGCCACUUCUACACCAACCCCCUCUUCCAGGGCCUGGCGCUGGCGCCACUUCUACACCAACCCCCUCUUCCAGGGCCUGGCGCUGGCGGGCUCGCCCAGCGGGCAGGUGUCCCAUCACCCAUGGGCACGUGUCCAUCUACUACUGCUAUGGAUUGCCACCUCACCCUCCCCAUCACUGAUGGGCAUGUGUCCGUGGCCUACAGGCACGGGUCCAUCAUCACCCAUGGGCGUGCCUCCCCCAUCAACCACGGGGGCAUGUUCCCCAUCACCCAUGGGCACAGGUCCAUCUGCAGGCACAUGUCCCCUGUCACCAACAGGCAUGCAUCUCCCCAUCAUCCCAUGGGCAUGUGUCCCCCAUCACCCCAUGGGCACAGGUCCAUCAUCUACAGACACAAGUCCUCUGCUGGUGUGCAUGCAUCUCCCCAUCACCCGCGGGCAUCAUCCAUCAUCUACGGGCACCGACAUGACGCUGCAGCCUUCCGCCCCGCUCCAUCACCCCCCUCGCCGGGGUGA